GCUGGAAGCGGCGUGGGGCGGAGGAGAGGAGGAGAGCGGAGGAGCGGGGAGAACAGCACAGCAAAGCAGAGCCUCAGGCGGCCGCGCGGCGAGAGGAGGCGAUGCUGAAGAGCUGCGGGAGGAAGCUGCUCCUGUCCCUCGUGGGCUCCAUGUUCACCUGCCUCCUGGUGCUCAUGGUGGAGCCGCCGGGGCGGCCGGGGCUGGCCCGCGGGGAGGCCGGCGGGGCGCAGAGGGCACUGCAGAGCCUGGGGGCUGCGGCUUCCCCCGCGGCACAGGGUCCCCCCGCUCUCCGCAGCUUCGCCGACUACUUCGGGCGGCUGAGCCGAGCCCGACGGGAGGUCCCGGCCGCCCCACCGAGCCCCCCGCGGCCGCCGGCCGAGGACAUCUCCCCCCGCGAUGUCUUCAUCGCCGUCAAGACCACCAAGAAGUUUCACAAGGCGCGGCUGGAGCUGCUGCUCGACACAUGGAUCUCCCGCAACCGCGACAUGACCUUCAUCUUCACGGAUGGGGAGGAUGAGGAGCUGAAGAAGCAAGCACGAAAUGUCAUCAACACCAACUGCUCUGCUGCCCACAGCCGCCAGGCCCUGUCCUGCAAGAUGGCUGUGGAGUACGACAAGUUCAUUGAGUCCGGCAGAAAGUGGUUCUGCCACGUGGAUGAUGACAACUACGUGAACGUGCGGAUGCUGGUGAAGCUGCUCUCCAGUUACCCACACACACAGGACAUCUACAUCGGGAAGCCCAGCCUGGACCGGCCCAUCCAGGCUACGGAGAGGAUCAGUGAGAACAAGAUGCACCCUGUGCAUUUCUGGUUUGCCACGGGCGGAGCGGGGUUUUGUAUCAGCCGGGGGCUGGCACUGAAGAUGAGCCCAUGGGCCAGCGGCGGCCACUUCAUGAGCACAGCAGAGAAGAUCCGCCUGCCCGACGACUGCACCAUCGGCUACAUCAUCGAGUCCGUGCUGGGGGUGAAGCUCAUCCGGAGCAACCUCUUCCACUCCCACCUGGAGAACCUGCACCAGGUGCCCAAGACGGAGAUCCACAAACAGGUGACCCUAAGCUACGGCAUGUUCGAGAACAAGCGCAAUUCCAUCCACAUGAAGGGAGCCUUCUCCGUCGAGGAGGACCCAUCCAGGUUCCGCUCUGUGCACUGCCUGCUGUACCCCGACACGCCGUGGUGCCCCGCCAACAUGGUUUACUAGGAGAGGCGCGUGUCCCCUCCAACCUCGUCCCCGAUUUCCCCGGUAUCCGACGGGCGUGCGGGACCUGCGUGCGGGUGUUUCGGUCCGGCCUCGCUGCGACGUGCAAGGAUGGACGGACGGACGGACGUCGUUGCUGUGGUAUUGCACAGUGUGUGUGUACUGAAGGCUGCUGUGCGGCCCCUUGUUCCCUGCCCUGCCUGCCCGGCUGCCCGUGCCCACUGCCUGCUCCGGCCAGGGGGACGGGACCUGAGCACUUAACCACUGGGCAUCCCCAUGGCACUGGUGGGCCCCACGCCAUGCGUGGGGAGCAACCGCAGUGCGGGGCUCUGCCUCCCCGGGCUUGCUUCUUCUUUUGUUGGUUUUCCUUUCAAAUGUUAAGUGUUUUUGGUGUGUGCCUCCCCUCCGUGUCCUUCCCUGUUCCCAUAACCCCUCAUCCACCCCAUCCCAUCUCCUGAAUCUCAGCAGCGAAGCUCCGGCUCCUUAUCCAGAUGAAAGGUCACUGGUGAGGUUUGCUCCCUGGCUCAGCAGGCAGGGGAAGCAUCCUGGCCAUGGCAAAUGAUGCCUCAGGGUGCUACAAAGGUGCUGGGUGCUCAAUGGCUGCACUGGAGGGAGACAGUGGGGUGGGCUGCCAGCUCAUGUUGGUGUUAGCUCUGGUUCCUGGAGCUCCCCUAGGUCUGGCUGCAAUGGUGCCAGCAGCAUCGAUCCAUGCGCUGUUAAUAGAGACUAAUGUAAAGACUUUCUCUACAUACAGUGGGGGAAAAGGGCUUUUCUGGAGUCACUGGAGCAAUAUGGGCACUGUCUGUAUUGGGUCUCCCUUCAGUGUCACCUUGGGCAGCCCUGCACCUUUGUACUUUGGGGUCAAGCCAGGGGUUCUGUGGGGGUGUGUGUGCCCACCAUGGGCCCGGAGCAUCCUCCAGCCCUGGCUUGGUGACCAGAGCACCUGAGAUGCACCUUGCCAUGGGCCAAGAGCGUUUCCCAGCUUGGCCAUUGAUCUCUUCCUACUGGGGAGGGAUUUAGGCAGGGAGGGAGAGGGAUCCCACAUCCUCCCAUGGCUGUGGCCACCAGCCCUGUGCCCCUGGGUUAUAAGUGGGCUGAGCCAGAGCUGAACAUUUCCAACACAAAGCUGAGUGAAAAUAGCCCAUAAUGGGUGCGUUGUAAAUAUGUUAUUGAGCCAGUAUUUUUUCACUGUGCCUUUUUUAAAGGGGUAAAAAUAAUAAAAAAAAAUAACAAAAACAAAAACAAAAAACACCAAACCAACACAUGGAGAAAUAUGUAGAUUUUAAAAUGCUUUUUAUACAUUUUCUGUGGAUCAGAAAAAGAAAAAUCCCCAACCUUUGAUAAUCUGUUUAAGAAAGAAAAAGAAAUAAUUGCCAUGUCUUUGUAACUAUCACUUACCUUAAUUUAUAUGUUCCAGUAUCUGGAGCAUCACUCUGUGCUUUUUGUAACUAGGAUGUGUUUCAAGCAAUAGAUGUGGGAUGGGGAACCAGCAUGGACAGUGUGUUCUCAGGGACUUGAACCCGAUCGCUGCCACGGGGUUCCCGUGGGAGCGGUCACCAAUAAAGUGGCUUUUUUGCUGACCACA